AUGUUUCGCUCGAACAGCAAUUCGCGGUCGCCUCCAGGCCUCGAUUUCAAAACCAAUGGCACCGAGGGACUUGGCAUCUCAAAUGAAGCAGAUCUGAGAACUCGCCUACUGGAGUCUUACGAUCGUUCGGGUCCGGUGUGUGGUGAACGACGCUGCAGUCAUGGUACAUUUUCCCCACGGCCGGAGGACACAGGAAGACGCAUAUACCUUGGAAAUCCGAGUGGUGGUGAUCACCAUGGUGUUGAAGGUGCGGGUGCAGCAUCCGGCCAUUUUAGCGAUGACCCACCAGGAUCUCGCGCUGAAUCGGAAUAUAUGUCGCAAAUGAAGUCGUCUCUCUCGGCUCUGUCCAUGAAUGACUCCAGAAAACAUAUCAAUGGUCUUAUGUCCGGGGGGGAUCUGAUAGCUGCGCUCACGGUUUCCUCCAUCUACAUCCCAAUGGCGUUAUCGUUGGCCUCUAACCUUGCCCAUGCACCGCCCAUCAACGGCCUUUACUCUUUCGUCAUACAUCCUUUUAUUUAUGCUAUCUUAGGUAGCUGUCCUCUUCUGGUGGUUGGUCCAGAGGCGGCUGGCUCGCUUCUUACAGGUGCUAUCGUCAAGGCCAGCAUUGGUGGUAGCGAGGCGGGAGAUGACAACGGCAUGGAAAGUGCCAUCAUCAUAGGAAUAGUCACUGCAAUGACUGGUGCCAUGAUCCUGAUUGCUGGAUUGACUCGACUAGGCUUUUUGGAUAAUGUGCUUAGUCGGCCUUUCCUCAGAGGUUUCAUCACUGCUAUCGGCUUUGUGAUCUUUGUGGACCAAUUGAUCCCAGAGCUGGGACUUGCGACUAAGGCGAAGGAGACCGGUGUUAGCCAUGGUACCACGGUCAGCAAGCUUUCCUUCAUUGCUCGCAAUGUGGGAGACAGCCAUCUACUUACUUCGGUUGUCUCGCUGGUCAGCUUCGGGAUUAUCAUGCUGUUCAGGACGGUCAAGAAGUGGAUGAUGCCACGCUAUCCUCAAGUGGUCUACUUUCCGGACCGUUUCAUAGUUGUCGUCCUGUCCGCAAUCUUGGCAUGGCAUCUCAACUGGGAAGAUAAGGGACUUGAACUGCUUGGGCAUACCGAAAUCAGUUCUAGUAGGUUAUUUGCAUUCCAGUGGCCCUUCCAGUUCGGACACAUGAAGCACAUCCGGGCAGCCAUGAGCAAAGCAUUCAUCAUUACCCUGCUUGGCUUCUUCGAGUCUUCAGUUGCAGCAAAGGCCCUAGGUGACGGGAAGCCCGAUGGCAUUCAAGAUAUGCACAUGAGUGCAAAUCGGGAAAUGGUUGCGCUGGGCGUUGCCAACUUCGUCGGUGGCUGUUUCAUGUCUCUACCGGCCUUUGGUGGAUACGGUCGAAGCAAGGUCAAUGUACAGACGGGAGCACGAUCCCCAAUGAGCAGCAUCUUCCUCAGCAUGAUCACCCUCGUUAGUAUCUUGUUGCUCCUGCCAUAUCUAUACUAUCUCCCGAAAGCAGUUCUCUGCUCCAUGAUCUCUGUCGUAGCAUACUCGCUUGUUGAAGAGUGCCCACACGAUCUGAUCUUCUUCCUCCGUCUCCGUGGAUGGACUGAGCUCGUCCUCAUGUUCCUUAUCUUCACCGCCACCAUAUUCUACUCUCUCGAGCUUGGCAUGGCUCUCGGAAUUGGCCUCUCUGUCAUAAUUCUCAUCCGCCACUCCACUCAACCACGCAUCCAGAUUCUAGGCAAAGUCGCGGGUACCGACGCCCGCUUUGAGAACGCUGAGCUUCAGCCCGAGAACGUUGAGCUCAUCGAGGGCGCGUUGAUCAUUAAGAUUCCUGAACCUCUCACCUUCGCCAACACAGGCGAUCUCAAAAAUCGUCUCCGCCGUUUAGAACUCUACGGCUCCAGUCGGGCUCACCCUUCUUUACCUCGAAUGCGUCCGCCGGAGCACAACAAGAAUAUCAUUUUCGAUGUGCAUGGCGUGACGAGUAUCGAUGGGUCUGGUACCCAGGUCUUAUGUGAAAUAGUAUCCGCGUAUAGAGAAAAGGGAACCCGGGUUUUCUUCUGUCGGCUGCCCAACACUCAAGUCUUCAGAAUGUUUGAGCGAAGCGGCAUCGUCGAAGAGUGUGGAGGUUUGACCCACUUCGUGCCUAGUGUUGAUGAGGCUAUCCGACUGGCUGAGACAGAAGACCAGACACCUGAUUUGUAG